AUGCGUGACCUGUCCGCGGCCACGCUUACACAGACUAACGCUGUCAAGGCAAAGGAGCUGCUGACAACGGAGUACAGGCGGGUGUCCCGACAGACAUCGCAGGCGAUGAUCUCUGCGUGGAAGCGCCGUCUGCAAUCGUCGACGCGGGCUUCGUACCAGUGGGUCAGCGGAUCUGGGCCUACAGUCAAAGGAGCAAUGCUCAUUCCGAAUGGAUCUUUCACGGCUGACCGGCAGGAGCAGUUUGACGUUGUCUUGAAGAUUUGGUUGUUUUUCUUUCACAAGUUUAAGGAUCAGAAAGAAGACGUCGAGGGCUUCAUGGGCAUGUUUCGGACACACAUAUCCGAAGGGCGCCUAUGCAGCUACGGGCCCUGA